GGCCAACUAUUUGAUCAAGACAAUACAGGAAGCACGAUGCACGGGGGCCUCGAUAGAAUCAGCAACCUUCCCGAUGCCCUACUUCACCACGUCAUGUCCUCCUUGCCGACGUUGGAUGCCGUACACACGAGCGUGCUCUCCUCACGGUGGCGACACACCUGGACCGGUGCACCAUGCCUUAUCCUUGACUUAGAUCAGUUCGGAGGGCGCAGGGAGCAAUUCUCCAGCUUCGUCAGCCGUGUAUUGCGCCUUCGCGGCGUCGCUCCGUUGGACCUGUUCCGCCUCCGGUCGUCGGGGAUCGAAGAAGCAAAGUUUUGGAUCAGAUGUGCAAUCAGGAACAACCUUAAAGUGCUGGAGUUCUCGGAAGAUAUGGAAUGCGAGCCUCUCAGGUUGGAGCGUGACAUUGUGGACUUCACCUCUCGUCACCUCAAGAGCUUGCUGCUCGGCAAUGUCUGUUUGGAUGGCAGUGUUUUUUAUCCUAUCAAUUCUGCAUGCCCAGCACUGCAAAGGCUGGAGCUCAGGGACAGCUCUCUUGAGGUCCCUGAGAUCUCAUCUGCUUCUUUGUUGCACCUGGAUAUCACUAACUGUUGUCUGUUUGAAAACCUUCUCAUCUCGGCUCCAAGUUUGGAGUCUUUGAGCAUCAAGGAUCCUCGAUAUAAAGCUGCUAUGGUCAAGAAAUUGCCAUCCCUAGUAGUAGCUGUAGUCACUUUUGAUGAGUUUUUACAUUGUUCUGAUCCUGUGGAGGAGGAUGAAGAAGAAGAUUGGGAUGAUGUCACUUAUAGCUUACUUGAUGGCCUUUCAAAUGCUAGAAGCAUGGAGUUGAUCGCUGCUGAAAGAGAGGUUGCAUUUGAUUGGGAAAUACCUGAGUGCCCAAUGUUCAACAACCUAACAAGCUUAACGCUUGGUGAAUGGUGCACGCCUGAUGAAUUCUCUCCGUUACUGUACUUGCUGUCGCGCUCACCUCUAUUGGAAAACCUCACUCUGAAACUGAACAAGGAGGUGUGCCGGGUCUGCAGCGGAGAGGAGCCAACGGCAUUCCCGGGAGCUGGAGCAUUUACAGCUGAUCACCUUAAGAAGGUCACAAUCUAUUUCCAGCUACACGACGAAAGAGUCGGCGUAUUGCUCAAGCUGUUGGCACCAAUUGGCAAAUCCAUUGAGGACAUUGAGCUCAUACCAUCACAUUUUCCAUCUUUGGUUAGGCGAUGGUUGUAG